CUCUCUCUCUCUCUCUCUUUAUAGCAUUUCUAGCUGAGAAAAAGAAAAAGAAAGGAAACGAAGAGAGAGAGCCAUGGUUUCAACGAGGCGAAGUGGAUCUCUCUCUGGAAAUAACAGCAAACGAUCGUCGUCUUCCGAGGACAAGCCUCCGUCACCAAAACGACAUAAGGUCGAAAAUGGCGGUGCUUCAGAGAAAGUGACGCCGGAGGUGGAUAAUUCGAAGGAGCUCUGUACGCCUCCUCCGGCGGCAGCCGAUCCCGGAGAAUGUGGUCUCGGCGAUGUUCCGGCCGCCGGAGACGGCGUAACUUCUGGGAAGACCGACGCUGCUACGCAAGCUGUCUCGGUCACGCCGCCGAUCGCUGAAGGGUCUACGCCUGUGGUGGAAAAGCCGAGGAGCGCAUUUUCGUCUUGGAGUUUUUAUCAGAAGCAGAGUCCUAGUUUCGAGACAUCGACACCUUGGUGCAAGCUUUUGUCACAGUCUGGACAGAACAUGAAUAUUAAUAUUUGCACAAUGAAUUUCACAAUUGGUGCAAACAGACAGUGCAAUUUUUCUUUGAAGGACCAGACCAUUAGUGGGUUCCUGUGCAAGAUCAAGCGCGUGCAGCAUGAGGGUGGAGCUGUAGCCGUUCUAGAAAGUACGGGAAGCAAGGGAUCAGUGCAGGUAAACGGGACAAAUGUCAAGAAAGGCAACAACUGUGUGCUUAACCCGGGUGAUGAAGUGGUCUUUGGUUCUCUGGGCAACCAUGCUUAUAUUUUUCAACUACUUCUGACUGAGGCUGCAGUUAAGAGUUCAGAGGUUCAAAGUGGUAUUGGAAAAUUUCUGCACAUGGAAAGGAGGGCAGGAGAUCCUUCAGCUGUGGCUGGGGCUUCCAUACUGGCUUCUCUUAGUUUGAGGUCGGAACUAUCACGAUGGAAGCCUGCAGCUCAGACCACCAGUAAAGUUCACCCAGGUGCUGAUGUACCAGCUCAGUCUGUUGUUCAAGAUGGUAACGAAGUUGAGCUCGAUGGCCUGGAAAGCAGCUCGACUCCAAACAGAGUGGCUGACAAAGCUGAAGAUAUUGGAGCAAUAGACAAGAAUCUUACUCUGGACUCCAACCACGAUUCUGGCAUAGAGGCAGGCAAUGUAAAACUCUCUGGGAUGAAUGAUUUGCUAAGGCCUUUAUUGAGGAUGUUAGCUCGAUCACCUAGUUGUAAACUAAAAUUGAGCAAAGGUAUCUGUAAACAGGUAUUGGAAGAAAGAAACGAGUGGACGAGGGAUUCGCAGUCGGCAUCAACGUCAGGCAUGUCUCUUCGGUGUGCUGUAUUUAAAGACGGCAUUCAUGCAGGCAUUCUCGAUGGAAAAGGCAUAGAUGUUUCCUUUGAUAACUUCCCAUACUAUUUGAGUGAGAAUACGAAGAAUGUGCUGAUUGCAGCUUCAUUUAUACAUUUGAAACAUAAGGAACAUGUGAAGUAUACCUCAGAGCUUACUACUGUGAACCCUCGCAUUUUGCUCUCUGGUCCUGCAGGGUCUGAGAUAUAUCAGGAAAUGCUGGCAAAGGCCCUUGCACAAUAUUUUGGGUCUAAGUUGCUCAUAUUUGAUAGCCACUCAUUUUUGGGUGGUUUAUCAUCAAAGGAAGCGGAGCUGCUGAAGGAUGGAUUUAAUGCAGAAAAGCUCUGCAGCUUGACCAAACAAAGCCCCACGCCCACAGAUGCGGCUAAAAACACUGAUGCAUCAGCUUCUGAAACAGAAGCACCGAGCUCUUCAAAUGCACCUUCGAAUGGCCUGGAAUCCGAACCAAAGAUGGAGAUUGACACCAUCCCCUCUUCCUCAGGGACAUCGAAGAAUUUCUUGUUUAAAAGAGGUGACAGAGUAAAAUUUAUUGGGUCAUCUUCCGGUGCCUUGUAUUCCGCAGCAUCUUCUUCACGGGGCCCGGCAAGCGGAACCCGGGGAGAGGUCGUACUGCUUUUUGAGGACAAUCCUCUGUCAAAAGUUGGCAUAAGGUUUGAUAAACCAAUACCUGAUGGUGUUGAUCUUGGGGGUAUAUGCAAAGGAAAUGGAUUUUUCUGCAAUGUCUCUGAUCUUCGACUGGAAAACACUGGUGCGGAAGAUUUGGACAAGUUACUUAUCAACACAUUGUUUGAGGCUGUACUUAGUGAGAGCAGGAGUUCUCCUUUCAUUUUGUUCAUGAAAGAUGCUGAGAAGUCCCUUGUAGGCAAUUCAGAUUCAUUUUCCACAUUCAGAGCCAGACUUGAUAAGCUUCCAGAUAAUGUGGUUGUCAUUGGUUCUCAUACUCAUACUGACAAUCGUAAGGAGAAGUCACACCCUGGUGGUCUGCUUUUCACAAAGUUUGGUAGCAAUCAAACUGCUCUUCUUGAUUUGGCUUUCCCGGAUAGUUUUGGAAGACUACAUGAGAGAGGGCAAGAGGAUCCCAAGGCAACAAAACUUCUGACCAAACUCUUUCCUAACAAAGUAACCAUUCAUAUGCCGCAGGAUGAAGCACUUCUUGUCUCAUGGAAGCAACAACUGGAUCGAGAUUCUGAAACCCUUAAAAUGAAGGGAAACCUGAAUUUCUUGCGCACUGUUCUCGGUCGAUGUGGAAUUGAAUGUGAAGGACUUGAGACUUUAUGCAUCAAGGAUCAAACACUUACAAAUGAAAGUUCAGAGAAGGUAGUUGGAUGGGCUUUAAGCCAUCAUUUAAUGCAGAAUCCUGAAGCUGAUCCACAAGAAAAAGUUGUUUUGUCCGUUGUAAUGCCAUGUUGCAAUUCUGGCAGCAUCCAGUACGGACUUGAAAUUUUACAGGCUAUCCAGAAUGAAACGAAGAGCUUGAAGAAGUCACUUAAGGAUGUUGUAACUGAAAAUGAAUUUGAGAAAAGGCUUUUGGCUGAUGUUAUUCCUCCUAGUGACAUUGGAGUUACGUUUGAUGAUAUUGGAGCCCUUGAGAAUGUGAAGGAUACAUUGAAGGAAUUGGUGAUGCUUCCAUUACAAAGGCCGGAGCUUUUCUGCAAGGGGCAAUUAACCAAGCCUUGCAAAGGCAUCCUGUUAUUUGGCCCCCCUGGAACAGGCAAGACAAUGCUUGCGAAGGCUGUGGCUACAGAAGCUGGUGCAAACUUCAUCAACAUAUCCAUGUCAAGUAUCACAUCUAAGUGGUUUGGUGAGGGUGAGAAGUAUGUGAAAGCUGUUUUCUCGCUAGCUAGUAAAAUUGCCCCUAGUGUUGUAUUUGUUGAUGAAGUUGACAGCAUGUUGGGACGGCGGGAAAAUCCAGGGGAGCAUGAGGCAAUGCGUAAGAUGAAAAAUGAAUUUAUGGUAAAUUGGGAUGGUUUACGAACAAAAGAAGCAGAACGAGUUCUAGUACUGGCAGCGACAAAUAGGCCUUUUGACCUUGAUGAGGCCGUCAUUCGAAGGUUGCCGCGCAGGUUGAUGGUAAAUUUGCCAGAUGCUCCAAAUAGAGCAAAGAUAUUAAAAGUCAUACUAGCAAAAGAGGACUUAUCUCCCAGUAUUGACUUCGAUGCAAUUGCGAGCAUGACAGAUGGAUAUUCUGGAAGUGACCUUAAGAAUCUUUGUGUAACUGCUGCACAUCGUCCAAUCAAAGAGAUUUUGGAGAAGGAAAAAAAGGAGCAUGCUGUAGCUGUGGCAGAAGGUAAACCUGCCCCAGCUUUGAGUGGCAGUGCUGAUAUACGGUCUUUGAACAUGGAUGACUUCAAAGAUGCUCAUGAGCGGGUAUGUGCUAGUGUUUCAUCGGAGUCCGUCAACAUGACUGAGCUUUUACAAUGGAAUGAACUAUACGGCGAAGGGGGUUCUAGAAGAAAGAAGGCCCUUAGCUACUUCAUGUGAAGGCAUCCUUUGUACAAAAGGGGUUUUUUUUAAAUCAUUUUUUUUCUUCGAAAUUUUCGCUCCUACAAUCAUCUACAGUUCUCCUAGAGCCCGAAGUAAUUUUGCCCACUCUUAGUUUAGGCUUUCUGGAGAAUCAUUUUGUCUGUAAAAUGAAAUUCAGUUUAUCAAAGCUGUUUUUUUCCCUUAUCCUUUAGUUUGAUGGUGGCGGAUACAGGGGAAGUGAAGCCUUCUAAAAGGAGAAGUGGCUUGGCUUCCACUGCUUGCGUUUUGUUUCCCAUCAUCCCUUUUGUCUGCACAAAGAACGGUGCCUGUUAAAUCAAAAAUUACUGUGGUGAUCAUAGAGUGAAAAACAAAAGCCAAAGACGGAAUGGCCAUAUGUGCAUAUAGUCAUUGUUUUAUUGCGCUCGUCGGAAUUGAACAAUAAGUCAUUUUUCAGUAACCAUUCACUAUGAAGUGAUUUUUUUGAAGUAUCAAAUGUAUAAUAGAUGCUGGCUCAGCAGAUUUUCUGGU